CCCCUCGCAGCCGAACCCCUUGCAUGCCCCAGUUUUGCCGAGGUUUUGUCCAUUCAUGUGGUAUUCUUAACAAGUAUCUCAACUGUUGAAACCCACACCCUUCAAUAAUGUCGACUAGUGCUCGGACAUAUCCUGAGCGAUGGCGACUCAACGUCGACAACGGGGUUCAUCGGUGGCGGUAUGUCGACGAGCAGACAUCGACCCAACGGCCACAGUCUGCGGCCGAGAAAUACUUCCUCGGACUGCCUACAGGAUUACCGCAACCCCCGACUCAGAGCAAUUUCCAGGAAUCUGCUCGCAAUGGAUUCCGGUUCUACCAGCGUCUCCAGCUGAGUGAUGGCCACUGGGGCUGUGCAUAUGGCGGGCCCAGCUUCUUGCUGGCUGGCAUAGUGAUUGCGAUGUACAUCACCGAGACAGAGAUUUCCCCAGAGUGGAAGAUUGAGAUUAUCAACUAUCUAACAAGCACUGUCAAUAAGGAUGGAGGCUGGGGCCUACAUUCAGCUGGCGAUUCAACGGUUUUUGCCACCAGUCUCUACUACAUUACUCUGCGGAUCUUGGGUCUUGAACCGACCCAUCCUUUGGCCACCAAGGCUCGCACGCGCCUGCAUGCCCUGGGAGGAGCAAUUGGAGUACCUCAAUGGGGAAAGGUCUGGCUAGCAUUAUUAAAUCUAUACAGUUGGGACGGAGUGAAUCCAAUCCCACCCGAGUUGUGGUUACUUCCUGACUGUGUUCCAUUCCAUCCAUGGCGCUGGUGGGUUCAAUGUCGCGUAGUAUACCUACCUGUGUCGUAUCUUUAUGCAAACAAGACCACCAAACCCUUGAACUCGCUCCUCACCAGCCUCCGUCAGGAAAUUUACACAUCACCGUAUGAGAAGAUCGUCUUCGAGCGGUAUCGGGAUCACGUGGCACCCUCAGAUCUCAAAAAGCCGACAUCAACUCUACUUCGCGUGGCCAAUGGGCUCUUGCGUUUCUGGGAGAAAUAUGUACGACCCGAUUGGAUCGCUCAAUGGUCAAAUGAGCGGGUUUGCGCAUUGAUCCGGCGCGAAGAUGAAAACAUGUCCUACAAUUGCCUAGCUCCAGUGAACAAAGCCUUUCACAUGGUCUCUGUGUGGCAUUCUGAUGGGACCAACAGCCCUCGCAUGAUUCGUCACCGGGAGAAAAUAUCCCCGUAUAUGUGGAUGGGAGAGAACGGAAUGACCUGCAGUGGCACUAACGGUGUCCAAGCGUGGGACACCGCGUUUACGAUCCAGGCCAUGGUUGAGGCUGGACUAGGCUCCGACCCGGAAUUCCGUUCGACGUUGGAAAAGGCUCUGCAAUUUCUCGACAUCUCCCAACUACGGGAUGAUUUGGCCGAUCCCUAUCGCCAACCGCGGAAGGGUGGAUGGUCAUUCAGUACCAAGGACAAUGGCUAUGUGGUGUCCGAUUGCGCUGCGGAGGGUCUCAAAGCAGUCUUGAUGCUUCAGAAGGAAUGCAACUUCCCCGACAUCAUCACCGACGACCGUCUCCAAGAUUGCGUCGACACUCUACUGCUCAUGCAAAACCCCUGCGGGGGCUUUAGUAGCUAUGAACGCACCCGCGCCAGCCAUCUCCUUGAAUACGUCAACGCAUCAGAAGUCUUCGGCCGUAUCAUGGUGGAAUACCCAUAUCCCGAAUGCACCACAGCGGUGGUAACGGCGCUAUCGCUCUUCCGCCGCCAUCUUCCCACCUACCGGUCGGCCGAAAUUGAGAAGGUCAUACACCGUGCUAUCAAAUACAUCCUCAGUGCCCAACGACAGAAUGGAGGCUGGUAUGGAUCCUGGGGAGUGUGCUUCACCUACGCCUCGUUCUUUGCAGUUCUGAGUCUGGAACUGGUUGGUCAGACGUGGGAGACCAGCGAGCCCGUACGCAGGUGCUGCAAGUUCCUACUUCGCACACAGAAAGAGAAUGGAGGCUGGGGGGAGCAUUACACCUCUUGCGAGGUGGAGGAGUAUGUGCAGCAUGAGAAAAGCCAGGUGGUGAAUACUGCGUGGGCGUGCUUGGCACUGAUGCAUGCGCGGUAUCCAUAUAAGGAGGCUAUUGAGAAGGGACUCAAGUUGAUUAUGAGUAGACAGCAGAAAAACGGAGAGUGGUACCAAGAGGAUGUGGAAGGAGUUUCCAACAAUACAUGUAUGAUCGGCUAUCCGAACUACAAGCUGUAUUUCACUUCAUGGGCCUUGGGGAGGUAUCAUCAUGUAUAUCUUCCCAUGUUGAAGGAGAUGGAGGGUUUUUGA